AUGAGCAGUGGCUCCAACAGAGAUGUUCUGCUUGCUGGCGCAGCGGCAGCGUUCACAGUAGACCUGCUUAUCUAUCCGCUAGAUACUUUGAAAACACGGAAGCAGUCACAAGAUUUCCUUCGCACCUUUGCAGACCCUGCAACCAAGACAAAGCUUCCAUCGUCUCAGCUCUUUCGUGGUUUGUACCAGGGCAUUGGCAUAGUCGUUGUAGCCACUCUUCCUGCCGCAGGGACAUUCUUUUCCGUCUACGAAGCCGCCAAGACCUUCUUUGGACGUCAUGGGUCGAGCAUGGGAUUGCCGCAGCCUGUAGUGCAUUCGGCCGCUUCUGCCGUGGCUGAGAUGGCAAGCUGCAUCGUGCUCACGCCCGCCGAGGUCAUCAAACAAAACGCACAGAUGCUUUCUAGUAGCAAAGGCGGGGAUACACGCUCGACUAGUUUGGAAGCUCUCAAGCACUUGCGAGGUCAGGGUGCAUCGCGGCGUUUACUUAGCGGCUACACGGCUAUGGUGGCGAGGAACCUGCCUUUUACUGCCAUCCAGUUCCCCAUCUUUGAAUAUGCUCGCAGCGAGAUCUGGGCACAAAGGUCAGGUGGUCCCAACGGUGACAGGUCGAAACGUGCAAACGGCGAGGAACAGAGCCUGUUUGAGACAGGCGUGGUGACUGGUACCAGUGCGGGCUUGGCAGGUAGUUUUGCUGCUGUCAUCACCACGCCAAUGGAUGUGGUGAAAACGCGGAUGAUGUUAAUGGCAGGAGAUUCGCAGGGUUCCGAACAGCAGAUUCGAGAGACGCGCGACAAACAAUUGUCAGAUAACGUGUCUCAAAAUCAAAAUAAGGGCGGCUUAUCGGUAGCAAGGCAGGUGGUCAGAGAACGAGGGAUCCCGGGAUUGUUCAGAGGAGCAGUACUGCGUGCUGUAUGGACCGCUGUGGGCAGUGGUCUCUAUUUGGGCAUGUAUGAGGUCUCCAAGGUCUGGCUGACCCGAGGAAAGGAAUCUCCCAAUGACAAUUUCCCCUAA